CCACCGUAGAGGUUCAGCGACCACGCGUACUUAUUAUUCGUCUCACUAAAUUUACGCCACCGUCGUAGCGUAAGCAGCCGGUAGUGGAGAAACUACAUGUGAUUGGUUGUCUUUUGCGGACGGCAGCUGUCUCGGAUGUUCCGACUUCUCCGUUGUGGUUGAACGGUUGAACCGUAGUGUCGUUGACGUACAGUACUACGUUGUUAGCCGAUUUCCUGCCAGUCGGUAGUGAAAUCGACAGAAGACCAAAUGAGGCUUUUUUUAAACCACGACCUCCUACUCCUGCUUUGAACCAUACCCAGAAACGUCGCAUCACUGUAGUCUAUCGCUGGUUCUUUAUUCUAUGGUCUGCCACCAGGCCUUUAACAGCGUGGUAGCAGCCACUGCCCGUUUCUGUGGUAAUAACUGCGGUUAACUGCGGUUGAAGACGGACGCCACCGGCAGCAUGAGUGCCGUCCAGCAGCAGCGGUGGCAGUGACCGAGGUUGCGACGCGUCAACAGGCUGGAGGUCGUCAUGUCAGGCAGCGGCGAAGUGUCCGAAUAUGUGGAGCCGAGGCGGCAGGUCCACAUGCCCGACGAUAUGGCACGCUGGACCAAGAGCGAGGCAUAUAGCGAGUAUGUCGGCUUCAUUUUGGCCCUUAAUGAGAAGAUCAAAGGGAAGAAGAUAACUGAUGACCUUCUCCUGUCCGAGGUGACGACAAAACUACUGUCGGUGUUGGAGACUUUGGACACCUGGGUUCAUGAGACGCCACCCAUUGAUCAACCCCAACGGUUUGGCAACACUGCUUUCCGCACUUGGCUCAAGAAAGUACAAAAUGAGAGUGUGCGGCUUCUGGGCGAGGCGCUUCCAAGCAAGUUCCACCUCUCCCUCAUCGAGCUGGUGCCCUACUUCAACGACAGCUUUGGCAACAUAACUCGAAUCGACUAUGGCACAGGUCAUGAGAUGAGCUUUGCCAUGUUCCUGUGCUGCCUGUUCAAAGUGGGAGCCUUGACUGAGGCCGACUCUCCUGCAGUUGUUUUGCGUGUCUUUCAGAGAUACCUGGAGCUGGUGCGUCACCUGCAACUGCAGUACCGCAUGGAGCCUGCUGGAAGCCAUGGUGUCUGGAGUCUUGACGACUACCAGUUCUUGCCCUUCAUCUGGGGCAGUGGCCAGCUCAUCAAUCAUCCAACCAUUGAGCCCAAGUCAUUCGUAGUGGCCGGCUUUUCUGAGGCACACUCGAGGGACUACAUGUUCAUGGGCUGCAUAGAGUUCAUUAGCAAGGUGAAGACUGGCCCAUUCCAUGAGCACUCUAAUCAAUUGUGGAACAUCAGUGGAGUUCCUAGCUGGUCCAAGGUCAACACAGGGCUCAUGAAGAUGUACAAGGCUGAGGUCCUGGGGAAGUUUCCGGUGGUCCAGCACGUGGUCUUCGGCAACCUGCUGCCAUUCCGGCCACACCAGAAGCUUGGCCCACCAAAAUAGACUUGUGCUGCAUCCACGAUUGUGCGAGUUAUGACGUUAAAACUGUGCUUUCCUUGCUAGCUUUUUUUUUCUUUGUCUUAUGCUGCAAUAGCUUAUAAAGUUCCUUUUCCCUUCAA